UCGCACAUUCAUAACUUCUCACUACCGACAGACUUUGCGUUUCUGACGUGUUUACGGGUGUUCAUCAUUAACCUGAAGCCGUGGAACUGAACGAGUUUCUUUUUGCAGUUUAGCAAUUCAACGUUUUUACAAUUUGUAAAAAAUUGUCUUAGAACACUACAAAAAAUUGUCAACAAAAGCACAAGUGUUUUCUUUUUAACAGUCCAACUCGUUUAUGAAGUUUAACUUUUAAAUGUUUGGACACUGAAGACAUUUGAGGAAGCCAGAGCUCCAAGCAGUUUCACCCAUCCUUCGCUACUUCAACGCACCGUUUUGUCGAACUCACCAUCAUGACACGGAAAUCUUGUGCAAUAUAUGCAGCGGGGAUUGUCUGUGCGCACCUGCUAAUUAUUGGGAUUGGUUUGGUUGUGGCCCAAGUAUUUCCAACGCUGAUCCACAACCGUUUAAAAAGGGAGAUCACAUUGACGGAGGGAAGCCGAACAUUCGAGACAUGGAAGAGCCCUCCUCCGCCUGUGUUUAUGCAGUACUUCUUCUUCAACCUCACCAAUGCGGAUGAGUUCCUAGCUGGAGCCAAACCUGUGGUGCAGCAAAUUGGACCCUACACUUACAGGGAGUACAGGCCAAAGGCCAACGUGACCUUCGUAGAGAAUGGAACCAUGGUAUCUGCCUUCAACCCCAAGACUUUUGUGUUUUUGCCAAAAGAGUCAGUCGGUGACCCAGCAAAAGAUAUAAUCACCACCAUCAAUAUCCCAAAUGUUGCGGUGAUGGAGAAGGUGAGGGACAGCUUCUUUAAGAGCAUCGCCGCCUCCGUCAUGAUGAAAGGCGUCAACAGUGGCAUCAUCACCAACCGCACGGUCAACGAGCUUCUGUGGGGCUACUUGGACCCCCUGCUGGUGAAUGUCAAGAAGAGCAAACCCGAAGUGGAGGAGUACUUUGGCCUCAUGUACAAGAAAAAUGGCACCAACGACGGAGAAUUUGUGUACCACACUGGAGAGCACAAUCAUCUGGACUAUGGCAGGGUCCACUCCUGGAGGGGAGAAAGCAAGCUGUCGUUCUGGACGUCCGAGCAGAGCAACUCCAUCAACGGGUCCGACGGCAGCGCCUUCCAUCCCCUCCUGUCCAAGGAGGAGCGCCUCUACGUGUUCACAUCCGACCUGUGCAGGUCGAUCUUCAUGGAGUUUGAGAAGGACGUGGAGGUCAAGGGCGUCCCAGCGUACCGCUUCACGCCCCCGCGUGACGUCCUGGCCAGCAAGGAGGACAACCCGGCCAACGAAGGCUUUUGUGUCACUCCCAAAGAGUGUCUGGGAACCGGGGUCCUGAAAGUCAGCGUGUGUCGGAAAGGUGCUCCUGUGGUGGCCUCUUUCCCCCAUUUUUACUUGGGUGAUCCCAAGUAUGCUGACGCCAUUAUCGGACUGUCUCCGAAAAGAGAGCAUCACCAAACCUUCCUGGACCUGAACCCGACCACUGGCGUUCCUAUUCGGGCCAACAAGAGGGCACAAAUAAAUAUCCUUAUCGGCCGAGUCUCUGGCUUCCCGCAAACCAAAUUUCUGAACGAAACCGUCUUCCCUAUCAUGUUCAUUAACGAGACGGUUGUAAUUGAUGAUGCAUCUGCAGCGAAGCUCCACAAGUUGUUGCUCAUCGUCAUGCUGGUGUCCAACUUCCCCCUGAUCAUCGUGGGUAUGGGGGCCAUCAUGCUGCUGGUUUUCAUCCUUCUCAUGAUCCGUGCCCGCAAGCAGAAGACCACCACCACCACCAAGGAGGACACAGCAUAUUCUCCCGUCAGCCAUAAGGAUGGAGAACCACUGGAUAACCAAUCAAAGAAUGGCACAUACAUUGGCCUGACUCCCAGUGGCCCACAGUCUUGAGGAGUACAGGAGUGGGAGGGGAGGGGGGGGGGGGGGGG